AUGGUGACAUCCGCUGACCUCCUGCAGUACGAAAACGACUUCAUGGAAUACAUUGAGAACUAUGAAGAAGAUGAGUCACCUGUGUCCUAUCUCAGCUGGGUCCAGAUCAUUUCUGUUGUGCUCCACAGUGUGGCCUUCCUCCUUGGCGUGCCUGGCAAUGCCAUAGUCAUCUGGAUCAUGGGCUUCAAGUUGGACAAGACUGUGACGUCUCUCUGGUUCCUCAACCUGGCAAUCGCAGACUUAAUCUUUGUCUUUUUCCUGCCUCUCUACAUCACAUAUGUGGUUCUGGGCUUCCACUGGCCCUUUGGGAAAUGGCUAUGCAAAGCCAACUCCUUCAUAGCUUUGCUCAACAUGUUUGCCAGCAUCUUCUUCCUGACAGCCAUCAGCCUUGACCGCUACAUCCAUCUGAUCCACCCAGCCUUCUCCUACAAGCACCGGACUAUCAGGAACACCCGUCUCCUGAUUCUGACCACUUGGGUUUUGGCGACGCUCCUCGGAAGCCCAGUGCUGUAUUUCAGAGACACGCUCGUGCUCCGUGAAAACAUCACCAUUUGCUAUAACAACUUUGACCCAAGCAACAUUGACCUCAUUGUCCUCAGACACAACGUCUUGACAUGGGUCAGGUUCAUCUGUGGCUACCUCUUUCCUCUCAUAACAAUGAUCAUCUGUUACUCUCUUCUGAUCAUCCAGGUGAAGAGGAGCACGGCUCUGACCUCCAACAGGCUCUUCCGGACUGUUCUCGCUGUUGUGGUGGCCUUCUUUGUUUGCUGGACUCCCUACCACAUAUUUAGCAUCCUUGAGCUGUCAGCUCACCAUAAUAGCUCCUUGCACGACUUGCUUCCAGAUGCCAUUCCUCUUGCGGUUGGCCUUGGAUUCAUGAACAGCUGCCUCAACCCCAUCCUUUAUGUCCUUCUCAGCAAGAAGCUGUGGUCCUGCUUCAGCGGGACACUUUCAGAGUUGGUGAAGCACACCUUCUGGGAAGUCAGCCACUCUGGGACAGUCAGUGAACAUGUUCUGAAUUCCUUGAGCCUCCAGGAGUCGGAAACCCCUGAGGGAGAUAUUCCUCCCAGGGAAACCUUGGCAUGAGUGGCAGCCGCUUUCCAAAGUAUCCACCAUCCACAGAUGUAGUUGCAUU